GCACCUUCCUCCUCCUCCGACCAAUCCCAUAUAGUUUUGCAGGAAUUACAGCCUCUUUUUCAACGUUCGUGGUUUCCCUCCAUGCAUGCAUGCAUCUACGUGUCCCAAAAUUAUUAUGUGAUGUAAGAAGAGAACAACUAGGGGCUACAAGACAAAUGGAUUACAUCCUCAAGAAAUGGGGCUUUAUAUAAGAAUGAUUGGCACAGAAAUCAAGCAAAGGAAGGAUCAUUCCAGACGACAUCAUCAUCCGAAUUAAGAAAGACAUUAAUGGCGGAUUUUGUAUCUUCAUCAAGGCUUGUUCUGUCCACUCCCCUCCUUCCUCGCCUCUCCUCUCGCAAUCGGAAUAACAUCCUCCUCACCGCAGCUCUCAGAUUCCGGGGAAAGGCGAUGGCGGCAUCAUCGCCGAGAGUGAACGCAGAGGCGGUGAGGGCCACGUCGGUGCCUGUGAGAGUCGCACAUGAGCUUCUUCUUGCCGGACACCGCUACUUGGAUGUCAGGACACCCGAAGAGUUCAGGGCAGGGCAUGCCUCUGGCGCCAUCAAUGUUCCUUACAUGGUCAGAGUAGCAUCAGGUCUUUCAAAGAACCCCGAUUUCGUUCAGCAAGUUUCGGCGCAUUUCAGAAAAUACGACGAGAUCAUCGUUGGCUGUAAGAUUGGGAAAAGAUCUCUUAUGGCCACCACCGAUCUUCUGGCUGCGGGUUUUACAGGCGUGACCGAUAUAGCCGGAGGUUAUGAUGCAUGGAAGCAGAAUGGGCUCCCCACACAACAUUGAGUACAUAAUACAAGACCUUAUACAAUCAUCGCAUGUCAAUAAUAUAUAUAUAUAUAUAUAUAUAUAUAACAUCGAUCAGGAUUAAAUCCAUACCAUCAUCCUAAAAUAUGUACUAAUUGUAUGGUUUGUCCUGAAACAUAAUUUCUCAAUAUUUGCCUUCUUUAAUUUUACCAA